GCUUUGAAUGUGAGCUGCCCUCCAGCCCCCCUCUCUCCUUCCCUCCCUCCAGCACAUCGUAAAGAGAAGGAGGGAAAAAAAAAAAAAAAAAAACAAAAAAAAGAAAAAAAAAAAAAAAAAAAAGAGAGAAAAAAAAAAAAAAAAAAAAAAAAAAAAAAAAAGGGUUUCAACAACAGGCUGGGCCAAUGGCAAGUGGCGAGGCAGGGAAAGGGGGCCGAGCGAAGGGAGAAAAAAGUGGAGAAAGGGAGAAAGAGAGCGAGAGAGCGCAGGCUGGGGGGGAUGUGUAAAAGAAGAAGCGUUGCUAAUUUUUUUUGUUUGUUUGCUUUUCCAUGCAUGCAUAAUGAAGCCUAAUCAGAGCACGUUGCUGCUGCUCGGAGGGCACUUUUGUAUUUAAAGCCUUGCAAAGAAAAAAAGAUCCACAGACGGUUCCGCAGAGCAGCUUGCAGGGCUUUUUGACAACAGAAGCAACAUCAGUCGUCCAGAGAGAAAGAGACCGCGAAGGCUGCCUCUUCUUUCCCCGUGCUCUCGUCUUGCUAGCGGGGAAAGACGUUGCUUCUCCGCGCCACCCGAAAGCGUGAUCCGUACCGAGAGGGAGUGAGCGGAGMCGGGACUGUGACUGGGAUCGGAGCGGCUGGCAUGUGCAGAGAUGCUGCGAGCGGAGAGUUAAAAGCUCCCGAGGAGGCAGCAGCAGCAGCUGGGCACUUAUUUUGUGGGCAAAAAAAAAAAGGAGAAGGAACUGCAUAAAGAGCAGGACAGCACCAUGAGCUCUCUCGGCGCAGCCUGCGAUUCCCCGAGCGCACUCCGGAUCCGCUGUCGUCCGAGCCCCUGUUUGCACUGACUCCCCGCACCUCUCCGGGCGCCUUCACCGCCGCCUCGCCGAGCCCGGAGCAGCGGCUGGGGGACACGGGAAGGCCCCCGGGCGCCUGCUUCGUACCGCGGCCCCGCCGGCUUUAGCCCCCGGGGACUGGAGGGCCCCGGGCCCGGCGCGCAUGGAUUGAUGCGAGACCUCAUGCACACGGCCGGCGGGAGUUUUGGAAACUUUUCCACGGGCGGCAGCUCCUUCUCCUCCUCCUCCUCCACGUCUACCAGCGCCUCUUUCCAGCUCGCCCGCGGCAGCAGCCGCUACCCCCGUCCGCGAUGGUGGCCCGCUCGCCCGCUCGGCACGGAGGCGGCGGCAGCGGGCGGCGCUGGCCGCGGGCGGCCGCCUGGCUGUGGCUGGCGGCGGCGCUGGGUGCUGUGUGGCCGCCUCGGGGCUCGCUGGUGCAGGGCCGGCGACUGAUCUGCUGGCAGGCGGUGCUGCAGUGUCAGGGGGAGCCCGAGUGCAGCUACGCGUACAACCAGUACGCCGAGGCGUGCGCCCCGGUGCUCCUGCAGCAGCAGCCGGCGGCGGCGGGCGGCGGGGACGGCCCGGYGGGCGCUGCAGGCGCGGCCGCCUCCUCCAGGCGGCGGUGCCCCAGCCACUGCAUCGCAGCGCUCAUCCAGCUCAACCACACCCGGCGUGGCCCGGCGCUGGAGGACUGCGACUGCGCGCAGGACGAGAACUGCCGCGCCACCAAGCGCGCCAUCGAGCCCUGCCUGCCCCGCACCAGCAGCCCCACGGGCGGCGGCCCCGGCGGCCCCGGCCCGGGCGGCACCGGCGUCAUGGGCUGCACGGAGGCGCGGCGGCGCUGCGACUGGGACAGCCGCUGCAGCCUGGCGCUGAGCCGCUACAUGACCUACUGCGGAAAGCUGUUCAACGGGCUGCGCUGCACGCCCGAGUGCCGCGCCGUCAUCGAGGACAUGCUGGCCGUGCCCAAGGCCGUGCUGCUCAACGACUGCGUCUGCGACGGGCUGGAGCGGCCCAUCUGCGAGUCGGUCAAGGAGAACAUGGCCCGCCUCUGCUUCGGCGCCGACAUGGGCGGCAACGGCGCGGGCAGCAGCGGCGGCUCGGACGGCGGCCUGGAGGAGUACUACGACGAGGACUACGAGGAGGAGCCGAGCCAGAAGGGGAGGGACGACGGCGAGGACAAUGCGGGCGCCGAGCCCGGCUUCCCCGUGCAGGCGGGUAGCGCCGGCCGGCCCGCCGGGGCUGCCGGGGCUCUGCUYGCCUCCAUCUUGGUGCCGCUGCUGCCGCGGCUCUAGCAUCCCUGCCUUGCCUCAUCCCUCUGYGCCUGCUUCCCAUCACUGCUUCCCUCCACCACUGCCUCUCUCCCCGUCCCCAUCGCCGGGCCGGGUCGGGCCAGGCCCCCCGCGCCGAGCCGCCACGGGCCUCUAGUCGAGCCUUCCCGUGGCGGCCGGGGAUCCGGCCGGCGGGGCCCCCCGGACCGGAGCGGCUUUAAACGCUCUGGCCGUGGAUUCCCCGACCCAUCGCCCCGGCGCCCCGUCCCCUCGCGUCUCCCCAUCUGCUCCCGCUGCUGCUAGCAGCUCCCGGUCGACCCCUUUCCCCGGCUCGGCGCUGCGAGCCGGCCGCUGGAGCGGUGGCCGGAGCGCAGGGGCCGCUCGUGUUUCGGGUGUUGUGGUCUCGAGUGUGCACUAUGCAAUUGCUGCCACCCUGCCUUCGUGUUACCAGCGAGCGGAGCGGCUGACAGAGACUGCGGGCGAGGCCGCUGGCCGCCCCCCGGGUCAAACCGGGAGUCAUGGCAUGCUGGUACUGAGGGUCUUUUAAGCGUUUUGACAUGAAGGUUAGUAAGAGGUGAGCAACCCAAACUUGCUGCCAAAGCGUUGCCGUACUAGUUAGUCAGCAACUUGAUUAUCGUUAGCCGCGUCUUGCUCUUCGUGAUGCAGUGGUGCCCGAAAGGGGCUUACGCCGCAUCUGCCAUUAAUUAAAUUUAGGGAAAUAGCAGACUGAAUAAAUUCGGUGGUUUACAGCACUCCCUCUUGCACACAUAUAUUCCCUAUAACAAAAGCGUGCCAGCAGCCGUCUCUUCCUCUUGUAACCUAGCGACAUUAAAAAAAAAUUGUUUCGGAGUUGUUGGCUAUACUGAACAAUGCAACUUUUGUUUUAAAAGAGCUCUGCACUGCCAUCUUUGAAAGACACUUUUAAACUCGAGAACAUGUAUGUACAAAUAUCCUGAAAAGUUUUAUUGCCUCGUCAUAUCAGGGUGCUGACCUCUGGUAAAUCUUAUAUAAAAAAAAAGUAUUUAAAACUGGGAUUUGUUACCAGUCGCUCUUCAUUGUAUAUAGAAUUCUAUAAAUUGUAUGCUUUGGGGAUAAUUUAUUUWAAAAAAAAUAAUAAAAAGUUUUAAUUCCACAUCCUAUUUGCCAGGUAGCUGCAUUUGGUAUUCGUUUCUGGAAAAGGUACAGAUUUCACUUYAAAGGGAUACCAGCAACAGUGAUUAAGUGAAGUAUUCUCUAGAACAUCAAAUGUACAGUGUAUUUUACAGAUUGAAAGUUAACUUUCCUAUUUGGAGAGGUUUUAUGAACGUUUUAGAAUUGUAUAAAUGCGUUUUUGAGCUGCCUCAAACCUUGUAUUUUUUAUAGGAGGCAUAAAAAAGGCCUGUGUUUUAAAUAUGUAUGGCUUUUUGUAUUUUCUAAACGUGUAAAUUAGUAAAGAAAGAGCUUUAAAUAAUGGAUGUGAUGAAAUUGUUUUCCAGGGACACUUGAACUCUCAGCACCCGAGGUGUGGGGGUGGGGGAAGAGAGGCGGGGAUCAAACCACAGAAUAACAAACCAAAAAAAACAGUCAAAAAGCGAAAAUCUCUGUCUGCCUGUAAUACUUCACAUAGAUGUAAAUUACUGCUAUUCUUACUUUAAUGAAUAAUUACAUGCAAGAAGUAAAUACAGCUUUGAAAGUACUAAUUUAAAUGAGUGGUUGAUUUUAUAAUGCGUUGGCAUGGUAACUUGUCGGUGCCAGAGGAGAGUAAAGCAAUUCAAGGACACUGCUCCYGUGUAUAUAUGUGUGGAAUUACUAGUGCACCGCGCUUUCUCCGUGAAGGCACGUUGCUCUCACUGGCRCUUGUAGAAAUGCUUCUAGGCGUGCAAACAAGUGGUGAGAAAUACAUCACACAGAGGUGGCAAGCGUUUCGAACAAGGCCCGCGCAUGCAUCAAGGCGGCUGCAACAAAACGCAAAGUUUGCUAUUCAGCCUGCCUUCUCCCACAACGAAGAAUGCAAAAGUAAACACAGCAAUUACUAGAUCUUGUAAUACUGUGCUUAGGAGUUGCUUUGCAUCGUGCUGAAGCCUGGUUUGCUGCCAGAGCUACUGAUCUACACUCAAACGCCCUUAGAUAAAUAAUUACACUCUUAAGCUGUGUCGAGUGCUGAUACACUUGACCUUGUAAAUAGAAAUGUUUGCAGUAGGAAUAAACUCCAGCACUGGAAAAUCUUUUAAACAUUAACACAAAAGACAGAGCUCAGUCCUCUGGGGAUUUGAGUUUGGACUGCGUCA